AUGCUGGACAUUGGCAAAACUUCGAACCUGCCACAACCAAAAUGCUACUUCAGCACCACAACCCUCUCUACAUAUGACGACUCUUCUGAACUUCCCACGAAGAAGGUGCCAUUCAACCUCCUGCACAGUGCACAUUACUACCACACGAUAACUCUACUUUCACCAUCUUCUUCCACCCUACACACGUCACUGUCCUCGAGCCGAUCGAAGUAUGCACGACUACGGAUGCCGCUCUUAUCGCUUUUGAGCGGAGACUUUUUCAACAAACACAUCAAGACCGGAAACGUGUUAUUACUCUCAUCACCAUUGAAAGUGGACACGACAUCUUCAGAAGCGAGCUUUACGAUGAUCAAUGGUGUGCUCAGCAUAAUAUGCGAUCGUGCACUCUACGAACGUGCUGGCCUUACCGGUACUGCUAUACCAGACCCGCAUGCCAGGAAACAUGGUACUUCAAAGUUCCGCAUCGAGCUCAACUUGCGGCUUCCGUCGAUGCUCGCUGGAAAGAAAGGAUUCGAGCGUAUCUUACGGGCUGCAGAGACGGUUUUUCUGGGAGACAUCUCGUGGCUCUUCUACGAUAUUUCCGCUGCAGGAGUGGUUGACAAUGAUGUGUCACUAGGCAAGGAAGUCGAGAUCAGGGAGGUAAAACCAGAUACUGAGGACAUGGAAAAAGUGCUGGUCCCGGAAUUCCCAUCGAACAUGACCAAGGGUGCCAACCAAGAGAACGAUCUGGUCGAGUUGCUGGAAUGGAUUUCUCUGGCCGCUAUCAACUCUCCAAGAAUACAGCAGGGAGAUUUGGUUGAUGAGAUUAUCAGUCGCUACGAGGUGCCUGACAUUUCUUCGAAAGCAGUGGAUGGAUCGAGGACUGGCGUAACGACACAAGCCGUUACAAGAACGACAGCCACUGGGUUCUUGCCAGCUUCUUUCGUUACGGACACGUUUGGAAAUGCUCUUCUGCAAUCGAGUGGGUCUUGGUUCGCGCUUGUGGUACAAGGAUUCACAGACGGGAAAGCGUUUGUCGUACUCAAGACCGCAGACGAUCAGGCUUUGAGUUGGAAUGUUGAAGGGUGA